AUGAAGUUUGCAACCAUUAUUGUUGGCUUAUUAGGAAUUACAACAUCAGCAAUUGCGGCUGAUGGAGACACUAGCACUGAUGAAGAAGUUAUUAUGGUCACUGAAAUAACCGGAACAGUCACAGAAGAAGUAACUGGGCCUAUCAUCUUAAACCCACCUGAAAGUCAAGCUGCUGAGAGUGAAGCAACUCCUCCAACGACCCAAAGCUCAGUAGUCCCACUUCAUCCACUUAGUGACUACAGUGAUAUCGUACCAAUUGCUGAAACUACGACUAGCGCCACACUUUUACCAAUUUCUUCAGCUGUUGAAGAACCUACAGUUGCAUCGAUUGCAAAUGAUGCUAAUGCUGUUUCUUAUGUUCCACAAUUAGGAAUGAUCAUUUUUGGAAUGUUUGAAAUGGUAUUCUAG